AUGGCAGACCUGCCGGAUCAGAUGCCAUGGCAGGAUCUUGCGUUGGUGGGAACGCACGACUCCUCUGCGUUCCACGGGUAUCCAUUCGCCCAGUGCCAGCAGCCAUCAACGAGCAUCACACAGCAGCUACAUGACGGCGCCCGCUUUCUCGAUCUUCGCAUGAGAGUGGUGGAUGGGGAGCUUAUCAUGUACCAUGGCAUCCAGAAUCAACGCGCACUCUUCACCUCCAUCCUAUCCGAAAUCCAUACAUUCCUCUCUCAGCAUCCCUCCGAAUCCCUCCUCGUCUCCCUCAAAGAAGAGGUCCCGCCCAUCCAUCCCGACUUUGCGGAACUGGUAUGGGACGCCCUCGCACCUCACGUGGAUCAAUACUGGUUUCUCGAGACGCGUCUACCCACGCUCGGAGAAAUCAGAGGAAGGGGGAUGAUCAUGCCCCGGUUUCUGAUCCCGGAUCCGCAGCCAGGAUUGUGGGACAAGGGAGUGGGACUGAAGUUGGAGUCAUGGCCGGACAACAAUCCUGCUGGGUUUGAGCUGGGAUGUGGGGGAGAUAGCAUCAGGGUGCAGGAUUGGUAUGGCGUCUCCAGCAUCCUGAGGAUACCUGACAAAUUGAAAGUGGUGACGGACCAUCUCCAGCCAACUAUCACGAAAUCGUUCCCUCGAUCAGGCUGCGCGUUUGAGGAGACACGACCCCUUACCAUCUCCUACCUCUCCGCCGCUGCAAUUCCCCUCGCGCCCCCUCAGCUCCUCGCCAAAGGCCUCGGUUGGCCAUCUAUCGGACUCGGCAUCGAAGGUCUUAAUUCUCGCUUGACAAGAUGGCUAUUGGAGCUCAUGUACGAGGGGAAGAGGAUAAGGGGAAUAGUACCUAUAGACUUCUACAGGCAGGAAGGGGAUCUCGGGGCGUUGUUGGUGGCGAUGAAUUACACUCCUUGA